AUGGAGAGUCUACCUCGAUAUCUUGAUGUUUGCAACAAGUCUGGACCGUACAACGAGAAUUAUAAGAAUGAUCUUCGAACUAAUUUGCAACUAAAUGUCUGGAUCAUGAAAAUAAUCGGCACGUGGCCACUGACACAUUCCUCGAUUGAGAUGCUGUGUUACAGAGUGCUGAAUGUAAUCUGCUACAUAUUGCUGGCUCUACUCCUAAUUCCCAGCGGCAUAUACAUCGUCCUGGAGAUCAAGGACUUCUACAAUCAAUUGAAGCUCGGUAGCGCUCUUACAUUCUUCUUCAUGGCUGUGUUGAAAUACUGCGCUUUGCUUUUGCGCGAGAAUGACAUUCGCAAAUGUGUCGAUUAUAUUAAGAGUGACUGGAGAAACGUGAGAUACAUGGAUGAAAGAAAAAUCAUGCUGGAGAACGCAAACUUUGGCCGUCGGCUGGUGGUCAUCUGCAGCGUCCUCAUGUACGGCGGCGUCACGUUCUAUUUCGUGGCGGUGCCACUGACUCGCGCGAAGAUCAUAGAGGAGGAUAGCAAUCUUACUUACCGCAGAUUGGUGUUCCCAGUGCCCAGUGUGAUUGUUGAUGCUCGUCGUAGUCCGGUUAAUGAGAUUUUUUAUUUCAUCCAGUUAUUUGCUGGCUUUAUCGCCCACAACAUCACGGUGGCCGCGUGUAGCUUGGCAACUCUCCUCGCAAUGCAUGCAUGCGGACAGCUGCAGGUGCUCAUGUCCUGGAUAAACCAUUUAGUUGAUGGUCGAGACGGCGUCAACGAUACCACGAACGAGAGAUUAGCUAAGAUAAUACAAUUACACGUGCGUAUCUUGAACUUUAUAUCUCUAACCGAGGAAUUGUUGCAUGAGAUUUCUUUGGUGGAAGUUGUGGGAUGUACAUUAAAUAUAUGUUUUCUUGGAUAUUAUUUCAUGAUGGAAUGGGAUUUUAAGAAACCUGUGAGCGGCUUAACAUAUUUGAUACUCCUCAUUUCGCUUACGUUCAACAUAUUCAUAUUUUGUUACAUAGGCGAACUUGUAACGGAACAGAUUAUAAAAGUACGUGAAAGCUCGUACAUGAUUGACUGGUAUCGACUUCCGGAAAAAAAGAGUCUUGCUCUCAUCUUGAUAAUCUGUAUGUCCAAUGCAACUACUAGGCUCACUGCUGGAAGUAUGAUUGAACUGUCCAUCAGCAGCUUCGGUGAUGUUAUCAAAUCAUCUGUCGCUUAUUUGAACAUGCUACGAACGUUUACUACUUGA